AUGGGGAGAACAUGCCAACUCCACACAGAUAGGACCCUGGCCGCCAGGCCGGGAAUCGAGCCCGAGACCUUCUUGCUGCUUUUCCGCAAGAAACUUCUCAUGAUGGGCAGAGGCAAAGAGCUCUCCCAAGACCUUUGCAACGAGAUUGUUGAGCAGCAUAGUAAUGGCACUGGUUACCAACAGAUUACCAAUCCCCAAAUGCAUGUCGGAGCUCGUUUGAAGUUUGCUGCAGAACAUGUGGAGAAGCCUGUAGAUUACUGGGAGAAUGUAGUCUGGUUGGACGAGACAAAAAAAAUCGAACUUUUUGGCAACGAUGUGACUCGCCAUGUUUGGAGGAGAAAUCCUCGUAGGUUGAAGACUGGAGACGGGAUAAAGAAGAGGCGGGACAAAGAAGAGGCGGGACAAAGAAGAGACGGGACAAUGAAGAGGCGGGACAAAGAAGAGGCGGGACAAAGAAGAGGCGGGACAAAGGAGCUGGUGAAUGAGGAACUGAAGGAGUGUGGAGGUGUCACUCCUCCAGUCUCUCGUUCUGGAAGGAGGAACUGGAUGUGUAAGCUGACCACAACUUCCUGGUACAGUCCAAUGCUGGGUUCACUCUUCUACUAUGGUCAAACUCAAGAAAAACUCAAACCUUCUCUGACCCUGCGUCCUCAGCGGAUAUUCAGUGGAGAGUCAGUGACACUCAGAUGUGAAAUUCCUGGAGGAAACAUAUCUUAUGUGGACUGGUAUAAAGAUCAAGAUGCAAAACCAGACUACAGAACAGAUAAUAAUCAAUAUGUAAUCAGUCCUGUAAAAACAUCUCACAGUGGCACUUAUACAUGUGCAGCACAUCUAUAUAACAGUAACAGCACUGACUGGAGUGAUGGUGUGACUCUCAGUGUGACAGCCUUACCCAGAGCUACACUGACAGUAAAACCAGAGACCACUGUGUACACUGGAGAGACAGUCAGUCUGAAGUGUGAGAUAGAGACUGAAAGUGGAUGGAGAUAUAAGUGGUAUAAAGGCAGCACUCAGACUGAAUUGUCUUCAUCUGUACGUCACACUGUAAGUGGAGACACACUGACCAUCAGAGGAGCUGUUGAGUUUGAUGCAGGUCAGUACUGGUGUGAGGGAAAGAGAGACAACAGACCCACAUCCUCAAAGCUAAGCAGUCCUGUCACUGUCACUGUGAAAGAGAGUCCAAAGGCUGUUGUGAUCCUGCAGCCUGAUAAACAGACAUUCAGAGGAGAGACUGUCACUCUCAGAUGUCAAAUACAGGGAGAGAGAGACACUGACUGGGAAUACAGCUGGUAUAAGAAGAGCUCUUCACUCAGUCCUGUCAGUAAAGAUCAGGAAUACACAAUCAGUCCUGUUUCUGAGUCCCACAGUGGUGAAUAUACCUGUAGAGGAAAACGCAGAAGAGAUUCACAGAACUCAGAGAUGAGUGAUGCUGUAACACUGACUGUGUCAUCAGGUGAGUUCCUGUCUCCUCCAGCCUCUCUGAUCAUCAGUCCUAGCAGAACUCAACACUUUACAUCUGAUUCUCUCUCACUGAACUGUGAGGUACAGAGUAACUCUACUGGAUGGACAGUGAGACGAUACACAGAUAAUGGAGAGGUGUCAGACUGUUCAUCAGACUGGGGAUCAGUAACAGGAUCUACAUGUAGCAUCAGCUCCCUCCAGUCAUCAGACAGUGGAGUGUACUGGUGUCAGUCUGACUCUGGAGGGAACAGUAAUCCUCUCAACAUAACAGUGACCAGCAGUGAUGUGAUCCUGGAGAGUCCUGUCCAUCCUGUUACUGAGGGACAUACUUUGACUCUGCGCUGUACAUAUAGAUAUAAGCCCGCGGACUUCACAGCUGAUUUCUUUAAAGAUGGAUUAGUCCUCCAGAAUCAGACUACAGGAGAGAUGACCAUCCCUACUGUCUCAAAGUCAGAUGAGGGUCUCUAUUGGUGUAAACACCAAGGGAGAAGAGAGUCACCAAAGAGCUGGAUCACUGUCAGAAACAGAGUCAAAGGUUCCUCCUCUGGCAGUAUAUCUGUAGCAGAAAGCCAGAACGACAGCAGUCAGACCUCCAGCCAGGAUCCCAACUCCGCACGAGGUUCGGGCACUCAGCCAGAACACUUGCCACAAAAGUCUGGAGACGCUGGCAUCUAUUAUAAUAUCGGUGCUUCAAAAGACAGAAACAAAGAUGACGUUGAAGAGGGACCGGACGACGUGACUUAUUCUGAGAUUGUGAUGAAAAACAUGAAAUUCAAGAAUAAAGGUCCAAGUGGACAAGAUUGA